GUUGCGGUUCGUCUGUGUGAUCAAGGGGUUUCUGUCCCCUUCCUCGCUGCCAAGCUGGAUUUCCUGCAGGUGAAACAUCUGAAGAGGAAGAGGAAGAGCAACUACAGUGUGAGAGAAACGCAGACACUCAUCAGGGAGAUCCACAAGAGGAGGGAUGUGCUGUUCUCCAGACAGCAGAACACAGCCAUUAAUGAGCUGAAGAGACAGGCAUGGGAGGAAGUGGCUCGAGGUGUCAAUUCACUGGGGGAGGGCGAGCUACGAACUGCUGCUGAGGUGAAACGACGUUACCUGGAUUGCCGCGCCCUGAUGAAAAGGAAGCAGCUUCAGGCAGAGCUCUGUCUCUCCUCCUCUUCAUCCUCAUCUCUGGCCCUGAAGACAGAGUACGAUCAGUCCUCCCCUGAGCACGAGGCAGCCUCUCUGGGGUCGGGGUGCGACCAGCUGCUGGACCUUUCUGGCUUCCCAAAGGACUGUCACUGCGACUGGCCGGAGCUGGUGGGUCUCAGCGAGCCGAGCGGUCAGGCCAUGAUGGCACCGCCGGACAUGAAGAUGGAGGACGAUGUCUGUGAAUACAGACUGGAUGGUGAUGGUGAUGUUGGAGAUGGAGAAGGAGAAAUAGAUGAAGAUGACAUUCCUUCCCUCCUCAGCGACAUUGAGUCACGUGGCGAGGGGCAUGUCGGCAAUGCAUAUUCCCACAAUGACUUAAGCAUGCUCAGCUCCUCCAAGGCCCCGACCUCCACCACCAACAGAGACCUGCCGCUGGCUGCCGGCCUGAUGGGGAUGCCACCUCAUGCUCUGGGAGGAUUCACCAGUCAUGAAAACAUGGGUGCAGGGUUCCUGGCUGCUGUUGAGAAGCAGCGACUGGAGCUGGAGAAACAACGCCUGGCCGUGGAAACAGAACGUCUGGGUGUGGAGAAGGAGCGGCUGGCGGUGGAGAAGGAACGACUUUGUCAGAAAGAGGUGGACCGGGAACGAGUGCAGCUGGAGAGAGAGAGGCUGCAGGUGGAGAGGGAGAGGCUGAGGCUUUUGCUCCUCAGCCAGUCAGAGCCUGCUGACUCCUCUUUUAACCUGCCGCCACAGCAAGGCCCGCCUUCGUCCUCCACGCCGUCCUUAUCCUGCGCUCAUGACGUACAGAGGGAAAGAGAGCGGGAGGGCAAAGGGUGGAGGACAGUCGUGGAUCUGGACAUGGAGAGGCUCAAACUGGAGAAGGAGAGAUUGCAGCUGGAGAAAGAGAGAUUGCAGUUCUUCAAAUUCGAGGCGGGCAGACUGCAGAUAGAGAGAGAACGCCUCCAGGUGGAGAAAGAGAGAAUGCAGCUGCACAAAGAUCACCAGAGCCACUGAGGAAAAGACUGAUGAGAGAGAAAGUGGAGAGUGAAACUGAAAAUACUGACAAUAACGCAGCAUUUGCAUCAGCGACAGCUCCUUAAUCAACCCUACACACAUAUAUCCUUAAAGAUUGUGUGAGCCGCUUUAACGAUUAUUGCCAUUUAGAAUUUGGCCGAGGAGAAGACAGAGAUAGAGGGCUGGUUUAUUUAUGACCAUCACAAUGAAGCAGUGCCUUAUGAUGUCUUCAUUAAAGGGGCGAUGGGACAGAAAAGAUGGAUUUGUUUGGCACAGGCAGCUGCUUAUGAGCUCAGCAUCUAACCCGAGGUUGAGCAGAUGUUCAGUGCCCCAUCCAAACACACUGAUGCACAAAAUGUGCAGUGUAGAACAUGGAAUGCUGGUUAUAUCAUUGCAACACAACAUUUCAAGCGUACAAAAUGUUUUAAAUGGUAUAUAAAAUAUGAAAGAAAGGGAUCAUAAUGAAAUGUAUCUACUGUAUGGGUGCUCAAACAUAAAAAUGAGAUCCCAGCACUGAUCUGUUACUUGUACAUAGAGAUUUUAAUGCUUUUUAUGUAUUUCUGUCAAGUUCUUGUGUUGAAGUAUAAUUUACAUGGAAAUAGUUGUGA